AUGCGCCAGUAGCAGCGUAGGGAUGGUGGGCCCUGGGGUUGGCGGGUAUUGCUCCCGCAGUGGUGGCAGCCAUCGCCUUUGGUGUGCAGUAUGUCCCUGUGAAGAAGUACAAGAUUUAUGAUGGGACUACUUUUCAGUGGUUCAUGUGCUCGGGCAUCUUGUUCGUGGGGCUCCUUGCCGCCCUUCUGGAUGGGGACCUGCAGCUGGGUGUUCCACCGAAGGUGGUGAUGGGUGGGGCCCUCUGGGCCUUCUCCAACUUCGCUGUUCUGCCCUUGGUGAAGUUGCUGGGUAUUGGACUGGGCUUCUCCCUGUACCAUUUCCAGAACAUGAUCGUAGGCUACGUGGUGGGUCGAAAUGGCUUCUUUGGGGUCCCAAGCUUGCAAGCGGCAUUUCCAGGCAGCCUCUACAUUUGCGAUCUUGGCUGUGGGCUGAUCUUGGUCUCUUUUGAAGCAGCUCAAUCCGAAGCUGAUUCAAAUUCAGAAGCGGCCACCAAGGAGACGACCUUUCGACUGCAUGGCGCAGAAUCGGAGAUCAAUAAGGCUGCAGCUCUCAAAAUAGUGAAGGAAGCAGCUCAAUCCGAAGCUGAUUCAAAUUCAGAAGCGGCCACCAAGGCUACCUCUCCAUUGACACUCCGUGGUUCGUGGGUGUGGGAUACUUCUGCCAACACUUCCAAAGCAGAUAUUGGCAAGCUUCGCUUCGACCCCUUGGAGGCUUGGCUUGUGACCGUAAAUCUCAGCUCAUGGUGUUCGCUACUGAUGACACAGCAUCACGCAUCACUCCUGGUUGGCUACGCCACCGGGAAGCGAUACACACAAGUAGGAGCAGGGCCUUGGGCGGGCAAAGUGGAAUGGGAUGGCUGGAACGAUGUUGGGUGGGAGGCUCAAGAAGUCCGAGAAGCGCGAGAAGCCCAAGAAGCUGCCGAUGCAGAGGAAGCUGCAGACUGCGGCUACGACAUCGCCCGGGCAGUUAGUUUUGGUCGUUUUGGCGCGGUGCGCCACAUCCUGCGGACGCGGCCCGGCGCUGUGGCUUCAACGGAGGACGACGGGUGGACCGUGCUGCACGACGCGGCGGGCCACGGCCGCGUGGAGAUCUGCCAGGUGCUGCUGGCGGCGGGGGCCGAGGUCCACGCCAGGGAUGACGUUGGUCAGACCCCGCUGCACUAUGCGGCGGGCAACGGCCGCGUGGAGGUGGUGCAGCUGCUCGUCGAGGACCCCGAAGAGCUGGUAAGUCAUGCAGGCAGCACACCUCACGACCUUGCAAAGGACGGCGAUGACAAGAAGGUUUUCGUGGCUCUGCUGACCGGCAAAGACUGUGAAUGCCUGUGGUUGCAAGACCGGACUAUCCGACAGCUGAAAGAAGAAGCUCAGCAAAAACUGGAUCUUACGAUAAAGAACUUGAUUGGUCCCAACAUGGAGCCGUUGGACGAAGAGAAGAUGCUCCCAGAAGAAAACAUUGUGCCUGGCACCACGCUGACAGUCGUUGCAGUAAACCAGGCAGCAGAGGAUGAGAAAGAAGCGGCAGAAUGCGACCAUGAGAUUCUCGAUGCAGCCCAGCUCGGCAAAGUCGGCGCCGUGCGGCACCUGCUGCGGACGGUGCCCGGCGCCGUGGCCGAAACGGAGAGCGGCAGCGGCUACAGCGCGUUGCACGUGGCGGCGGGCGAAGGCCACGUGGAGAUUUGUCGGCUGCUGCUGGCGGCUGGCGCCGAGGUGGACGCCAGGGGGGACGAGAGCGGCAACACCCCGCUGCAUUUCGCAACGUACAACGGCCAAGUGGAGGUGGUAAAACUGCUCCUCGAGGCGAAAGCCUCCGUGACAGUGAAAGACUUGCAGGGCCAGACUCCAUUGGACGAUGCGCGAAGACAGGGCCACGAUGAAGUUGUGAAGAUUCUUGAGAAUGCCGCAUGA